AUGUCUUGGCGUGAACUCCUUCCCCCCUGGCUGGUGAUCGUAGCGGGACUGACGGGCAUCGUGCUGCUUUGCGUCUCCACUAAAGAUGUGCCCGCCACCCCUCUCAGGACCAAGUAUGCCAUUGUUCUGGAUGCUGGCCCAUCCCACACCAUCCUGUUCAUCUACCAGUGGACCACCACCAAGGCAAACAAGACCGGGGUGAUCACAGAAUGUAGUUCCUGUCCUGUGCAAGGUCUGGGAGUCUCCAACUACUCAGAUUCUCAGAAAGUAGGGAAGAGUUUGGAGCCAUGUUUGAACUGGGCCCAGAAAGAGAUCCCGGCAGAGCAGCACAGCCAAACCCCCCUCUACUUGGGAGCAACCGCCAGCACGAGGCAGCUGAACCUCACCCAUCCCAUCCUCUCUGACGGUCUCCUUGCAGCCCUGACUGUGGCCCUGAAGUCAUCCCCCUUUGACUUUCAGGGGGCACAAAUCCUGUCCAGUCCAGACAAGGAAGCAUUCAAUUGGGUUGCUGUUAACUAUGUCCUGGAGAACUUCUUCAAGUAUGACUGGCGAGGACAGUUGGUCCCCUCCAGAAAGGGGAUGGCAGGAGUCCUGUCCGUGGGAGAAACCUCAACACAGCUCACUUUCAAGGUGGAAGAAGAGAACCAGGCACCAAAAGAGCAAGUGAGGCUGCAGCUGUAUGGGCAGACACACAACGUGUACACUCGUCGCUGCCCCUGCCACGGCACGGACCAGCUCCGCAGCAGGCUGCUCUCUAUGCUCAUUCAAGAUCAGAGAAGUGCUAAAACUGUGUCUAAUCCCUGCUGGCCCCUCACCUACUCCCGGGAAGUGCAGUGGCAAUCAGUGCAUGCUGGGCCUUGUGCUGUCAGUGAUGACACAUUGGGCAUCCCUGGCCCUGAGGAGGUCUUCAACAUCACCGGCUCCAGCAAUCCCACCGCCUGCAUGAGACUUGUGCAAAGCCUGCUCAACUCUUCCUCUUCCUGCAGCUUCUUCAAGCAUUCUCCCAGCAGUGUUUUCAAGCCCGUCCGGACCAGGUUUCUGGUGAUUUCUGAGGCCAUGGACUUCAUGAGAGAAACUGUACGCUCUCCUGACUUGGGUCAGGCAGUCAACAGGCUUUGUGGGAUGUCCGUCAAAGAGCUGGUUAAGGAGUCCCAAACAAACCUGGAUACACUUGCUGAUUACUGUGUUGUGUCUGCCUUCAUCUUUCAUCUCAGUACAAAGGGAUACACGUUUGACUUUGAUGGGUCUGUUUGGACUGCAUUCCAGAAGAAGAUGGGUGACACAUCAUCUGGCUGGACUCUCGGGUACAUGCUGAGUCUGACCAACACCAUCCCCCAGGACAGCCCGAGCUUCCUCAAGGGGAUUGAACCAGGGGUCUGGUCUUUGCUCCUUAUCCUCUUUGUCGUGCUGCUCACCGGCUCUUUCAUGCGCAUCUCAUACCGAGUGAUGGUCAAGGAAAACGGCUUCAGUAACAGGAACAGCAGUGUUUUUGAUGACAACUGA